UUUAGCGUGAGUGCCGGUGCGCACGCGACUCUCGUCAGGAGACCUAGUGUCACCAGUGAAUAUCACCACGACACAAUGCGCCCAGUGGCGUUAGUUCUUGUCGCUCUCAUCUCUCUGGGAGUGGCGCAGGACAACAUAACAGAUGGAAUUGACGAUAAAAUUAAUACUGUUGAAUCAAAGUCGUCAGUAAGGUUAGAUCCCUAUAUCCGAAAAGCAUUAUUGAAAGCUCUGAGCGAACUUGAACAAAGUGAAACGUCUACGAUAAAUGACGAUAUUUCUGAGACUUCUACAAUAAAUGCUGAGGAAAUUGCAAAAACUUUGCAACCACCAUUUCCAAACGAAGAAAUAAAAAUACAUUCAUUUGUAGUAAAUGGUCAGGCUGCAUUUGCUAAUAGUACCAAUAUAACACCGACAAUUAUUGAUAACAAAAUAUCGAUAUUAAGUACGACAGCAGGUAAUGUCGAAAACUACGUAACAGCAACACUGCCGACACAAACACCAUUCAAUGAAAUAUUUCAAACUAGAGAAAGUGGUGUAAAUUUUCAACAAGUAAGAAGUGUGAAAACGAUGUCAAGUCAAGAAUCAAAAAAUGCUCUUAUUAAAGAAACUACUUUCAAACCAGCUCCUACAACCACUACAACAACGACAACAACGACGACGACCACUACGACGCCGAAACCAACCCACAAUGAUGACGGAGAAAAUAUAGAAGAGGUCGACAAACGUGAUGUUCAAGUAUUUCAAGCACCCUUAGUAGCAGCUUUCACAGUUCAUCAAGAUGCCCAAGGUUUACCUAAAAAAGUAAUUCCAAUAUAUCAACAAACAACUGUUCAAGAAACUUUAAGACCCCAGCCUGCAACCAAUUUUGCAACUGGUGUGCUGCCACCUCAAGUUAAUGGAAAUACAAGUCCAUCUUUUCCUAUUGCUAAUCAAAUUCCGCCGUCAGAUUUCGUUAGUCAGCAGUUAGCCUUGCAAAGACAAUUAGAAGAAAAGCAACGAAUUCUCGAAGAACAACUUCGCUUAUUGCAACUGCAACAAAGACAGCAGGAAGAAUUAUUAAGAAAACAACAAUUGCUGUUACAACAAAAGGAAGCUCAACGUCAGCAACAACUUCUUUUUGAACAAGAUCAACUCAAAAGGCAGAAUAUUUUCUCUGAACAGCAGAAAGGACCAAUAAAUGCCAACAAUAAUAUUCAAGUGCAAGGUUUACCAAAACCAAAUCACCAAAACCAGUUUCUAAAUAAUGGACUUAAACAACAGAACUCUCAGAUUUCUAUAUUGCCCAGUGUUCCAAUAAUAGAAACCUCUCAAACAGUCACAAGCCAGCAACAAUUGCCCAAUCGAGAAGCUGUAGAUUUUCUAUUGCACUUACGUAAUCAACAGCCUGAACAAUUUCCUUUACAAGAAAAUCACCUUCCACAGGGUAUAAGUAACUUUUUACAACCAAAUUCUAUAAAUUUUCAUCAAGGACCUAAUGUUAAUCAAGUUAGGGGUGUGGACCAAUUCGGACAAAAGCAAGGUAAUCGCGUAUUUCGUCAGGAAAACGGUGUCGGUAAUUUUGGUUUAAAUAAUCAAAACCAAAAUUAUAAUAGAUUUAAUACAUUCAGCCCUCUUCAUACCAACCGUUUCUUCCCGAAUAAUAGAUUUAAUCAAUUUAGUCCAGAUGCUGAACUAAAGCAACUAUUAUAUCAAACGGGAUUGAAUACAAGAAGUCAAGAGGAUUUGAAUAUUGUAUCCAAGGUGUUAUCAUUAAAUCAUGGCAUCCCUCUAAACAAUAUCGUCUCUAAUAAACUUCAAUUCGAUAGCAGAAGGAAUGUAAGGACGCCCUUAUAGAAAUACUAACAAAUAAAAAAUAUACUUAGGGGCGGAAAAAAUAUUUCAAGGAUUAUUAUUCUCAACCUCAACAAUUUAUUUUACUUUUAGUACAUAAUCAAUUUCGUGCUGUAGAUGAGGAAUUAAUUCAAUUUAUGCCAUCUUAUCAACAUAGCUUUCAAUAGAUAUGGUAACCAAAGAAUCAAUGUCAAGGAUAUAACUCUAACGACGCGUUUACCUUACUGCCUUAUUUUUAGAUUAAAGGAGAAAAUUAAGGAUUAUUUAUUUUAUCUUUAUGAACUGCCAUAAGUAGUAAAAAUUAGAAACGAAGCCCAAAAAGUAAAUUGAAUCAUGCUACGGUAAUCGAAUGCAUACAUAUAUUGCAACGGUAGUUACCGUGAUUACUUUCUUAAAUUUUACUUGAAUACAACAUUAUGCCUGCAGUC